CAGGCAGGCAGGCAGGCAGGCAGGCAGGCAGGGCGAGGGCGAGAGACGGAGGGAGGGAGCGAGCGAGGCAGACCAGACAGACAGACAGGCGGGCGGGCGGGCAGAGCGAGCCACCCGCCAGGCUGCGCUCAGCCCCGCUCGCAGCGGAGAGAGCAGAAGGCAGGAGGAGGGAGGGGAGGAGGGAGGAGGGAGGGAGAGAGGGAAUCCAGCUACCACCACCCAAAGCCAGCGUCUGCUUUCUGUCCUCAUUUCCUUUUCCCACCCAGCUCGGAGAGCAGAGAAAGGCAGAGAGAGCGAGAAAUAGAGACAGGCAGACAAACAGACAGACAGACAGAGCGGGAGGGAGGAGGGCGGCGGAGGAGGAGCAGGAGGACUACGCGGGGCGCCUUCCCUCCCAGCAGCCGGGCGCCCGCGUCGCUGCCGCUGGCGGAAGAUAGACGCCCCCCGAAACCCCUCGCCUGGCUCGGACCCACGGAGCCGGCAGCCCAGCACUCCGAUAGGGCGUCUCCAUCUGUAGCCCUGGCUGUCCUGGAACUCAGUCUGUAGACGUGGCUGGCCUUGAACUCCCAGAGAUCCGCCAGAGUCUAACCUCCCAAGUGCUGGGAUAAGAGAGAUGGGAGCUUGCCUGAUUGUCUACUCAUCGGCCUGGACCCCAGAGCCAACCCAGCUGAAUGUGUGUGGAGGGUCCCAGGUGAGGCACACGGCUCAGGGCUCUGCAGAAACACCCUGGAGAAUCUGAUGCUGGUGGAGACAGACCUUUCCUGCUGAGCCAGGCCUCUGCAAAGCCUGCUCAGGCGCUGUCCACGUCCCCGUCCCAAGGCCUGGACUCAGGCCGAAGUGGCUCCACAACACCCCCAGCCGACAGCCAGCGACUGGCAGAGUCCCCAAGCACGGGGACCCUCUGUUUACCAGAGAUAUCCAGUGUGACAGCCCAGGCGGCAGAGCCGAGGGUUCUGGUCCCUGCUUCUCGCACCCUCAUGUCAGCCCCGGCCCCGCCUGGUGGCCCUCGGAGGACAAGGUCAGGAUGCGUGUGAAGCCCCAGGGCCUGGUGGUGACUUCCAGUGCCGUCUGCAGCUCUCCUGACUACCUCCGAGAGCCCAAGUACUACCCCGGUGGUCCCCCAACCCCCCGGCCCUUGCUGCCCACCCGGCCCCCUGCCAGCCCACCUGACAAAACCUUUUCCACCCACACCUUCUCUGAGAACCCACGCCCACCCCCACGCCGGGACCCCAGUACCCGGCGUCCACCAGUCCUUGCCAAGGGAGACGACGUGCUAUCCCCUCGGGCAGCCCGGCCUGUCUCCCAGGCCCACUGUCCCACACCGGCCCCGGACAGCAACUCUCUCCGCCACUGGGACAACGGCCGUGUGAACCUGCGUCCAGUGGUGCAGCUGAUUGACAUCAUGAAGGACCUGACAAGGCUGUCGCAGGACCUGCAGCACAGCGGUGUGCAUCUGGACUGUGGUGGGCUAAGACUGAGCCGCCCGCCUGCCCCACCACCCGGUGACCUGCAGUACAGCUUCUUCUCUUCACCCAGCCUGGCCAACAGCAUCCGUAGCCCCGAGGAGCGCGUCACCCCUCAUGCCAAGUCAGAGCGGCCCAGCCACCCCCUCUAUGAGCCUGAGCCCGAGCCCAGAGAUAGCCCCCAGCCUGGCCAAGGCCAUGGUCCUGGAGCCACAGCCACAACUACUGGUCUGCCCCCAGAGCCUGAGCCUGAUGGGCCUGACUACUCUGAGCUAGCAGAUGCUGACAUCCUCAGCGAGCUAGCCUCCCUUACAUGUCCUGAGGCCCAGCUCCUGGAGGCUCAGGCCCUUGAACCUCCAUCACCGCAGCCUGAACCACAGCUCCUGGACCCCCAACCCCGUUUCCUAGACCCGCAGGCACUAGAGCCUCUAGGGGAAGGUUUGGAGCUGCCACCCCUGCAGCCUCUUGCUGAUCCUCUAGGGCUGCCGAGCCUGACUCUACAGGCCCUAGAUACCCUACCUGACUCCUUGGAGUCCCAGCUCCUUGACCCCCAGGCCCUUGACCCCCUGCCCAAGUUGCUGGAUGUUCCUGGUCGACGUCUAGAGCCCCAGCAGUCCCUGGGGCACUGCCAGCUGACUGAGCCCUUACGCCUGGACUUGUGCUCACCUCAUGGUCCCACUGGUCCUGAGGGCCACCCCAAGUACGCCUUGAGGCGCACUGAUAGGCCAAAGAUCCUGUGUCGCCGGCGUAAAGCUGGAAGGGGGCGGAAGGCAGACUCGGGACCUGAAGGUCGCCUGCUUCCCCUGCCCAUGCCUACAGGGCUGGCAGCUGCCCUGGCUGAACCCCCACCGCUGCCACCACCUCCACCACCUCCUACUCUAACAGGCCCAGGCCCAGUUCCUGAGCUGGAGCCAGAGUCUUCUCAGACCCCAGUGGUCCCCACCCGCAAAGGCAAGUGCAGGGGUGUACGGCGCAUGGUGGUGAAGAUGGCCAAGAUCCCUGUAUCUCUAGGGCGGAGAAAUAAGACCACGUACAAAGUUUCAUCCUUGAGCAGCAGUCUGAGUGUGGAAGGCAAGGAGCUGGGCUUGCGGGUGUCGACAGAGCCCACCCCAUUGCUGAAGAUGAAAAACAAUGGCCGGAAUGUGGUGGUGGUCUUCCCUCCAGGUGAGAUGCCUAUUAUUCUCAAGCGUAAGCGUGGCCGCCCUCCUAAGAACCUGCUGCUGGGUCCUGGCAAGCCCAAAGAGCCUGCUGUGGUAGCUGCCGAGGCUGCUACUGUGGCAGCCGCCACUCUGGCCAUGCCAGAGGUAAAGAAACGGAGGCGGCGAAAACAAAAACUGGCAUCUCCACAGCCGUCGUACGCAGCAGACGCCAAUGACAGUAAGGCUGAGUACUCUGAUGUCCUGGCCAAGCUGGCCUUCUUGAACCGCCAGAGCCAGUGUGCUGGGAGGUGCUCACCGCCCCGCUGCUGGACACCCAGUGAGCCUGAGUCAGUGCACCAGGCCCCAGACACCCAGAGCAUCUCCCACUUCCUGCAUCGUGUACAGGGCUUCCGGAGGCGAGGAGGCAAAACGGGGGGCUUUGGAGGCAGGGGUGGAGGCCAUGCAGCCAAAGCAGCCCGCUGUUCCUUUAGUGACUUCUUUGAGGGCAUUGGCAAGAAAAAGAAGGUGGUAGCAGUGGCAGCUACUGGGGUUGUGGGUCCUGGCCUCACCGAGUUGGGGCAUCCACGCAAAAGGGGCCGAGGGGAGGUAGAUGCUGUGACUGGGAAAGCCAAGCGCAAGAGACGGUCCCGAAAGAACGGGACUCUGUUCCCAGAGCAGGUGCCCAGUGGCCCAGGCUUUGGGGAGGCAGGUGCUGAGUGGCCUGGGGACAAGGGUGGUGGCUGGGCCCCUCACCAUGGGCACCCAGGAGGGCAAGCUGGCCGAAACUGUGGGUUCCAAGGGACUGAGGCCCGGGCUUUUGCCUCCACUGGACUGGAGAGUGGGGCUUCAGGCCGUGGCAGCUACUAUGCGGGUGCACCCUCGGGCCAGACGGAGCUCAGCCAGGAGCGCCAGAACCUCUUCACUGGCUAUUUUCGCUCCCUGCUUGACUCGGAUGACUCCUCUGACCUCUUGGACUUUGCCCUGACCUCUUCAGCCUCUCGCCCAGAGUCCAGGAAGGCAUCAGGCACCUAUGCAGGGCCUCCCUCCAGCGGACUGCCUGCACAGCGGGGUCUUGCCACCUUCCCAAGCCGGGGAGCCAAGGCUAGCCCAGUGGCGGUGGGCAGCAGUGGAGCUGGGGCAGACCCCUCCUUCCAGCCUGUUCUGCCCUCCCGUCAGACCUUCCCACCAGGACGGGCAACAAGCUACGGGAUAACCCCAGCCACUUCAGACUGCCGGGCAGCUGAGACCUUCCCAAAGCUGGCUCCCCCUCCUUCAGCCGUGGCCCGCUCACCUACCACCCACCCGCCUGCCAACACCUACCCGCCUCAGUAUGGUGGCUAUGGGGCAGGACAAAGUGUGUUUGCCCCAGCAAAGCCCUUUUCAGGCCAGGACUGUGCUAACAGCAAGGACUGCAGCUUUGCCUAUGGCAGUGGCAACAGCCUUCCCGCCUCACCCAGCAGCGCCCAUAGUGCUGGCUAUGCCCCACCACCUACUGGGGGUCCCUGCCUGCCACCCAGCAAGGCAUCCUUCUUCAACAGCUCUGAGGGGGGCCCCUUCUCUGGGUCAGCUCCCACACCUUUGCGCUGCGACAGUCGAGCCAGCACCGUCUCACCCGGUGGCUACAUGGUGCCCAAGGGCACCACAGCUUCUGCAGCCUCUGCCGCCUCCUCCUCCUCCUCCUCCUUUCAGCCCUCACCUGAGAACUGUCGGCAGUUUGUGGGGGCUUCUCAGUGGCCUUUCCGGCAGGGGUAUGGCGGCCUGGACUGGGCCUCAGAGGCCUUUAGUCAGCUCUACAAUCCCAACUUUGACUGCCACGUCAGUGAGCCUAACGUGAUCUUGGACAUCUCGAACUACACGCCGCAGAAGGUGAAGCAGCAAACUGCCGUGUCCGAGACCUUCUCCGAGUCGUCCUCCGACAGCACCCAGUUCAAUCAACCCGUCGGUGGUGGUGGUUUUCGGCGUGCCAACAGCGAGGCCUCAAGCAGUGAGGGUCAGUCCAGCUUGUCUAGCCUGGAGAAGCUCAUGAUGGACUGGAAUGAAGCAUCGUCUGCUCCCGGCUACAACUGGAACCAGAGCGUCCUCUUCCAGAGUAGCUCCAAACCUGGCCGCGGGCGGCGGAAGAAGGUGGACCUGUUUGAGGCCUCACAUCUGGGCUUUUCAACAUCUGCCUCGGCCACUGCCUCUGGCUACCCAUCCAAACGGAGCACCGGGCCCCGGCAGCCGCGGGGUGGCCGGGGUAGCGGGGCCUGUUCAGCCAAGAAGGAGCGAGGUGGUACAGCGGCUAAAGCUAAGUUCAUCCCUAAGCCACAGCCAGUUAACCCACUGUUCCAGGACAGCCCAGACCUUGGCCUGGACUACUAUAGCGGGGACAGUAGCAUGUCACCGCUGCCCUCCCAGUCAAGAGCCUUUGGGGUGGGAGAGCGAGAUCCCUGUGACUUCAUGGGACCCUACUCCAUGAAUCCGUCUACACCUUCUGAUGGCACUUUCGGCCAAGGCUUCCACUGUGACUCUCCCAGCCUCGGUGCCCCCGAGCUUGAUGGCAAGCAUUUCCCACCGCUGGCACACCCACCCACAGUGUUUGAUGCUGGCCUGCAGAAGGCAUACUCACCCACCUGUUCGCCCACGCUCGGCUUUAAGGAAGAGCUGCGGCCACCACCUACAAAGCUGACUGCCUGUGAGCCCCUUAAGCAUGGUCUUCAGGGAGCUAGCCUGAGCCAUGCAGCUGCAGCCCAGGCCCACCUGAGCUGCCGGGACCUGCCGCUGGGCCAGCCUCACUAUGAUUCCCCUAGUUGCAAGGGUACAGCCUAUUGGUACCCACCAGGUUCAGCUGCCCGUAGCCCACCCUAUGAAGGCAAGGUGGGUUCAGGGCUGCUAGCUGACUUCCUGGGCAGGACGGAGGCUGUAUGCCUCAGUGCCCCUCACCUGGCUAGCCCACCAGCCACGCCCAAGGCCGACAAGGAGCCACUGGAGAUGGCCCGGCCACCAGGUCCACCCCGCGGCCCUGCUGCAGCCACUGCUGGCUAUGGCUGCCCACUCCUUAGUGACUUAACCCUGUCCCCUGUGCCGAGGGACUCGCUGCUGCCCCUGCAGGACACUGCCUACAGGUAUCCAGGCUUUAUGCCACAGGCACAUCCUGGCCUGGGUGGGGGCCCUAAGAGUGGCUUCCUGGGGCCCAUGGCGGAACCUCACCCUGAGGACACAUUCACCGUCACCUCCCUGUAGUACCAACUGAAGUGCCGACUGGACCACGAGGUUUUGUUCCUGGCUUUCAGAAAACCAAUGCCAAGACCCCUCCCAGCGUCCACAUCGUCCUCUGGCAGGAGCACCUGCCCCUCUGCCUCCCACCUGCCCUUUGCACCCCUGCAGCCCCAUAUCCCACCCCACCCCUCCCUGCCCAUCUCCUCCACGCAGAAGCCGAAGGUGAGCCCUUUCUGCACAAAACCAGCAAUUGUAAAUACUUUUUAAAAUGUACAAAACUUAAAAACAAAACACAGUUUUAGAAAAAGACAAAAAAAAGAGAGAGAGAGAGAGCGAGAGAGAGAGCGUGUGCAAGAGGUUGCGAGCGGGGCUUCGAGGUGUCCAGAACCCCUGCAAGUGUGCACUGAGAAAUUUAUCUACAGGUCGUUUGACAAAAAUGAACAAUAUCCUAUUUAUUGUAUAUACUGUUUUAUUAUAAAUUGUGGAUUGUAUAUUGCAUUCUGUAAACCUGCUGUGGUCCCGUGGUGUGCAAAUUCGCAUGGUGGGGGGAGGGAGGGAGAACCUCUUUUGGGAGCUUUUUUUUUUUCUUUUUUUUUUUUUUCUUUUUCACUCUUGGGUUUUAUCUUCUGUUGUUGUUGUUGUUUUCUGUUGGCAGGACACACCCAAAGAUACAAGUUUGUAUUAAAAAGAAAUGAAAAAAAAGCAAAAAAAAAAAGCCACCUUGUGUCUUGUAAAACAGAGUAUGUAAGGUUGGACGGACUGAAGGGACACAGCUGGGCUUUGUUCCCGCCAUUGGUCCUCCAGAAGAGUUGAAGUACCAAGUGUGUUCCUGUGUCCCCUAUGUCUGAGUUCUCCCACUUGCCUGCUGUCUAUCUGGGCAUCCUCCCCGCCCCGCCCAGACGCUGUGCCUCUCCUACCUCUUCAGCACCUCCGUCUCUAGAACUUUAAAGAUGUAUUUAUGUUAUUUAUGUGUAUGAGUGUUUCGGCUGUAUGUAUGUAUGUGCACAGCAUGUGUGGUGCCUUUAAAGGUCAAAAAGGGGCAUGGGAUACCCUGGAACUAGUUACUAAGCAGUUAUCCUGCCUUGGGAUGAUGAGACUCAAACCCAGGUCUUCUUCAAGAGCAGUAAGUGUUUUUAACUGCCAAACCACUGUUCAGCAUUCCCCGUUUCUAUCCUCAAUGGGCUCCUGUGGCUCCCAAAUCCUGGUUUCCUCCCCCUGAGGAGUCCCAUGAGAAGCUUGGCCUCCAUCCUCUUCCUCUAGAUUCCCCACCCCACCCCAGGACCCUAAGCCUAGUCAUUUGUCCUGUGUCCCUGUCCUUAAGGCCUCGGGGUUCUAUAGUAGUUCCAUGAUGCUAAUAUUUUUUUUUUAUUGAGGUAGAGUGUCUCUAUUUAGCCCCAGCUGUCCUGGAACUUGCUAUGUAGACCAGGCUGGCCUUGAACUCAGAUCAGCCUGCCUUCACCUCCUGGAAUGCUGGGAUAACAGGCAUGUGCCAUCACACCCAGCAAUACCAAUCUUUGAAGCAUUCCAUAGUAAAUCCACAAACCUUUGGGACUAGAGUACAUGACCUCCUUGCAUGGCUGAAGUAGUCCCUGCUAAAUGUCGUCUAUCCACCCCAGGUCCUGAGUCUCCCCUAUCUCUGGCCCCUACCCCUUCCCUUCAUUUACUAUGACUUACCUAUCUGCUUUUGUGACCAGACACUCUAAUGUCCCAUCGUGUUCCUCUUUCCUUCCAUCCUGAAUUCUAAAUGCUAUCUGUAUGUGUCCUCCCCGCUUUGGUUAACAGAAGAACCAGAUUACUUCUUACUCCCUGACCGUGGCCAGCCUGGCUCUCCAUUACUUAACUCCACAAUGUCCACUUUGGCUUGGUCUUUAGGGUUUUCAGGAACAUGUUUUCCUGUGACCCACUUGACAUUGAAGCUCUGCUGAGUGUGACUUCCCUGUCCCUCUUCCUUAGUGACAGUGAUGUCAUGCCAUGGGGUCAUCAGGGGAACUCACUGAAAGACAAACAUGCCCCCACCUUCCCAGUAUCUGCCUGGGAGAGGCAGAAGGAUUCACAGGUCACCAUCCCUGAAAACUGCUUCCUCUGUUGGGUGUAAAAGCCAUCUGCUGCACAGCCCCCUCCACACAGCCUCGAGAUGCAGACCUUGGCCUACCCUUCCUGCCUGCUGUGGAGAGACACCACCACUCUCAAGCUGACAGUCCCCUGUGGAGCUGGAAGUGGGGGCAGGAAGCAGUAAGACCUGCUGAGAGGUCAGGUCGUGGAAGGGGCUUUCCAGAGGAGAAAGCUUUUUAAAAGCCACGCCUAGGGUGGCAGCAGAAAACUGAGUGAUUUCCUAAGCAAGAAAGACAUGUGCAGAGGCCAGAGGUGGGAGAGGAUAGCAGGAGGCGGAAGCCCCGGGUUAGGCCUAACUUCAGUAGACAGGACACGUGCUCGGGGAGAGCCCAGUGGAAGACCUGGCAAGGUCACUCAGGCAGGGGUGGAGAGGAAAAUGGUAGAAAUGGAUUGAGCAUCAGAAAAACGCAGGCAAUAACUGCGUUAUUUAAGUAGCUCAAUGACGGAAUACAGGCCUGGCCCUGUAAAACAAAAAGCAAAGUCACCCCAGGACUGCUGGGAUAGACCAACCCCAAAGAAGCCUGUUUGCUGCCUGAAGAGAGAAAAUGCAUGUAUUCGUGGCUGCUGAGGGGCAGAAAGGGGAGUCUAGCCAGGUGGAGCGGGCAGGUGAGGGGGGCUGGGCUGAACGGCGUCUCUGGCAGUCAGGGUUCAGUUAGAGGGUGAGAGCUCUGCACAAGAUGGAUAUCGGGGAGAGGGAGGGCAGUGAAAGGUUGUGUAUAUAGUAACUAAAGGAACUGGGGUGGGGGGGCCAUGAAGGAAAUCGGAGCUUAGAGCAGAGAGGAGGCGCCUAGGCUUGGAGAAAGGAGGGCACUGGGAAGGGGCUUUGUGAGAACCCAGAUGAAAGGGGACAAGAGGGAAAGAGGUGUCUGAGGGUGCAGCCCAGUGGUAGAGCCCUUGCCUAACUUGCACAAGCACUGAUCAACAGUACAAGAAAAAGAAGUAUUAGGGGGAAGGAGGUGCUAACCAGCCUGGUAGGCUCUGCUGCCCAGCAAGGGCUCCAAGGUGUGUUUUGGAGGUCUGGGGAUGGAAUGUCUUUCAGGCCCUACGAUCCCCAAGGAAAGGGCAGCUAGAGACCCUGCCUAGGUAAGUGAGGAGUGAUGGAGAUCACUCUGUUUUGUUCUGUUUUCAGAGGUUGGGGCUUCACCACAGCCAGAGCACCACACCUGGUUCCAGAAUGCAUCAUCAGAACUACAUGAUUCCUAUUUGGGAGGGUGAGACAGGAGGAUCUCAGGUUCAAGGCCUGGGCUAUAAAAGAAUUCAAGCCAAAUGGGCAACUUAGCAAUACUUUAAAAAAAAAAAAAAAAAAAGGUGGCAAGAUGACUUACCUGGUAAAGAGAUGCUUGGUGGCAAGCCUGACCACCUGAGUUCUAGCCCUGGAACCCGUGUGGUAAAAGGAGAAAAGCUAUUCCUAAGAGUUGUCCUCUGGGGCUUUCACAAACACACCAUGGUAUAAAUAAAGAGAUAAGGGCUGGGACCAGGCAAUGGUGGCACAUGCCUUUGAUAGCAGCUCUCGGGAGGCAGAGGCACGCAGAUCUCUGAGUUUGAGGCCAGCCUGGUCUACAAGAGCUAGUUCCAGGACAGCUUCAUCUCCAGAAGACACUUGGGGAGAUGUCAGUGGGGGUAAUCUGGGCACAGUGACACAUGCUUGUCAUCCCAGCAUAGGGAGACAGAGACAGGGACAUCCUUGGGGCCUGCUGACCUGCCAGUCUAGCCUACUUGGUAAGUUCCAGGCCCGUGAGAGGAUCCUGUCUCCAAAAGAAGAUGAAUGGCACCGGAGAGAGACACCUGAAGUCGCUGCCUGGCCUCUAGAGGCAGGUUCUCAGAUGCGGGCACACAGGAAUACACGGAGAAGGAUGGGAAUAUAAUGAUAUAACAUAGCUCAGUAGUAGGGUGCCUGACAGGCGGCCUGCAUUCAAUAACCAGCGCCAAUCAAAAAAAGAUGGUGCCUGCAUGGUUCGCACUUGGCUGCCAUUACUAACACUGCUCAAUAACCAGCA